GAGAACCCGUACCUGUGCAGCGAUGAGUGUGAUGCCUCCAGCCCCGACCUGUCUCACCCUCCUCAGCUGAUGGGAGACAGGGAGAGGGGGGGGCUGAUCACCUACUGGCAGACGGUCACAUGGUCACGGUAUCCUGAACCCCUAUUGGCCAACAUCACUCUGUCCUGGAACAAGAGCCUGGAGGUUGUGGACGACAUCGUCGUCACCUUCGAGUACGGCCGACCGACUGGCAUGGUGCUGGAGAAGUCUAUGGACAAAGGUGUCACGUGGCAGCCGUAUCAGUUCUACGCUGACGACUGUCUGGAGGUGUUCGGUAUGGUUCCUAAACAGGUCUCAGACUUAGCACCGAGUAACUUAACCCGGGUCAUCUGUACCGAGCAGUACUCCCGCUGGGUCGGAGCCAAGGAGGAGAAGAUGAUGGUUUUCGAGGUGCGAGCUCGGUUCGGGGUGUUUGCAGGUCCAAAGCUGAUCAACAUGGACGCCCUGUACACCCGGAUGGAGACCACGAAGGGUCUGAGAGACUUCUUCAGCUUCACCAACCUCCGACUGAGACUCCUCCGCCCGGCUCUGGGAGGGACCUACGUCCAGAGAGACAACCUGCUCAAAUACUUCUACGCUAUUUCUAACAUCGAUGUACCUGCAAGGUGUAAGUGUAACCUGCAUGCGUCUCAGUGUUUGUUACGUGAUGCGACGCUGCAGUGUGACUGUGACCACAACACAAGUGGACAAGACUGUCAGCUCUGUGGACCAGGGUUCAAAUCCCGCAGCUGGAGACCAGGAUCAUACCUGACGCUGCCCAAAGGCACUGCCAACACCUGUGAGACAGCAGAAACAGCAGCCAACUGCGAGUGUAACGGCCACUCGAACCGCUGCAGCUACAUCGACUUCAUCAACGUGGUCACAUGUGUGAGCUGUAAACACAACACACGAGGUCAGAACUGUCAGUACUGUCGCCUCGGAUACUAUAGAAACACCUCACUGCCACUGGAGGACGAGGACGUCUGUGUUGACUGUGAGUGUGUUGGGAGGGGCAGUGCGUCUCCUCACUGCUCUGACUCUGGUCUCUGUCAGUGUAAAGACGGAGCAACAGGGAGGCGCUGUGACACCUGUCUGCCUGGAUACACCUGGAGAGAAGGCGGGGCCAGCUGCACAGUGAACGUGUGUGAUGAGGAGCGUUUGAUUUGUCAGAACGGUGGAACCUGCGUCGACCUCCAGCGCUGCGUCUGUCCGGACAGCUUCACAGGUGCAUUCUGUGAGAAGAAGGUCUGUCUUAAAAAGAGCGGUUGCCUCAACAACGCUGGGAGCUCCUCCUCUCCGACCUCACACCUUUACUUGCUGACUCUCAGUCUAAUCUCCUACAACCUCCGUUAACCAUGCCCACAUACCCCGGGCCACGCCCACUGAUGACAUGUCAGAGCAAUGAAUAUUGAAGAGGAUGUAAAUGUUUGUUUGAACAGGAAGGGAAAUGACACAUUGGUCCACCUGGAUUCACUUGUGAGGAAGUUUCUUCAUCUCCUGUAACGUGUUGAGUCAUCACAUUUAAAGACUAAAUAAAUGUGUCUUCACUUUGUGA